AUGUUGCCCAUUGAAGCGCCAAUUGAGUCAAAUGCGAUAUUUGGACGUCUGAGCGAUAUGAAAACGCUGCUGCUUUUGCUUUUAGUUAUUGCCAGCGCUGGCGGCAUUAGCUUAUGCCAGAUUGAUAUAUAUCGACGAUUGCCGCGCUGCUUGCAUUGCCUGAAAUUGUUGCCCGGCUUGCUGCUGCUGCUCGCGCUGUGUCCGCCCCAAGCGCAGUAUGAAGCGUUGAUGGUGCGACGUCCGCGUAUGAAAUUUUUAGCAAACUUUAACGAUUUGCUGGCAUCGAAUGUGCGCAUCAAGUGCUUACGCUCGGACUUUGAUGGCAUGGGCGAUGCAUUUCGAGCCAAAUAUGCGGAUGCAUUUCGUCUGACCGACAAUCUUACCGAAGUUCAUGCCAUGCGCGGCAAUUUCAACACGGAUUGGGCCUAUCUCAUACCCACCUUCAAUUGGAUUGUGCUGCAGUCGCAGCAGCAAUAUUUCCAGCGGCCGCUCUUUCGCUACUCCGAUCUCUGCAUCUUCACUUUUCAUCAAUACAGCGCCAUUAUAGCUGAGAACUCGAUUUAUCGUCGCGCGUUUGAUCAGCACAUCAUGCGCUCCCAGCAGUCGGGACUGUUGAUGCAUUGGAUGCGCCACAGUUACUACGACAUGGUCGCCUCGGGUCACAUGCAGUUCAAGGAUCUCAGUGUGGGCAACAGCCGCUCCCAGUGGCCGCUUGCUCUCAAUGAUCUAAGAACUCUCUUCAGUUGUUACAUUGCGUGCAUUUUGCUGGCAACGCUCGCAUUGCUAAUUGAGCUGCUCUAUUUCUAUGGCAAGCUCUGCUUGAAUAACUUGUAA